AUGUCAGAAAAUCUUAUACUUAAAUUAAAUAUGGAAUCACCUGAAAUAACCUCUGAAGUUUUCCAAAAGCUUCAACAAGACUCAGAAAAUCUUUAUUGUUUUGACUGUGGAUCUCCAAAUGCAGAUUAUGCUUCUACAAACCAUGGAAUAUUUUUAUGCUCCCAAUGUGCUGGAAAUCACCUAAUUGUUGAUCAGUUAGUAUACUCUUUGACUUAUUUUGCAAAGAGAUGCCCAAAAGUAGAUUCGAACUCCUUAAUUUAACUGAAAUUACUUAUAGAGUUGAUGCUGUCACUAGUUAGGCCCAAAAGGGUGCUUUAGCACUGCAGCGGUAAACUUUAAAUAUUAAUCUAAAAUUUAAGUAAGAAAUUACUUAUAGAGAAAUCCCCUUGCAGGCUCGUAAACCGCUACCUGUCUCUGCGUAGCGCUCCACCACUUGCUUGCUUGCCAGUCCGGCAGAGUUUUUCACUGUGUUGCACUCGUUACCUGAGAGUCAGAGACGUUGUGUCACAUUUCCGUGUGCCAAUGGGAUUGUCUUUCCAGAAAAUUCGGAAAACGAAUUUUCUGGUCGGGUUGUAGACCAAAAUAGAUAUCGAAACCCAGGACCCAACGCCUGGUACAUGAUAGAGAAUUUGUUCGAUUGGCCAAACGACAUCCUCUGGCCUUGCUGGGAGUCCCCUUUCUAACUCCAGCAAACCUUCUCCUACGAUGUAAAACCUUAACUUGAUUGUAAGCAUGCCAUCGCUAGCCCAAAAUUUGCACUUUACUAUAUCAAGCAAAACCCACUCGGGUUCACAUUUCUCAACGAACCGACAGGCUGCAGGUUUUCUCACCACACCAUUUAAUCUAUGAUCCGAACUCCACUUAUUGAAUAAAAAUUCCACAUAUAGAAUAA